UUGCCCCUCUCUCCCUCUCUCUCUAACCAGGCUCUGGGUCAGAUGUGUCAGGCCAGUCUGGAGGAGUGUUACAGCAGAGUGGAGGUCCUGACAGAACAGCUUCAGGAACUCCGGCAUCGCUUCAAGUUCUCCAACUCAGUUCGCCUGAUCCACAACACACAGAUAGACAUGCAACAGGUUAGGUCUGAUCCACAGCUCACAGAUAGACAUGCAACAGGUUAGGUCUGAUCCACAGCUCACAGAUAGACAUGCAACAGGUUAGACUGUAUACAGGUUAGGUCUGAUCCACAGCUCACAGAUAGACAGGCAACAUGUUAGACUGUAUACAGGUUAGGUCUGAUCCACAGCUCACAGAUAAUAAUAAUAAUAAUAAUAUGCCAUUUAGCAGACGCUUUUAUCCAAAGCGACUUACAGUCAUGCGUGCAUACAUUUUUGUGUAUGGGUGGUCCCGGGGAUCGAACCCACUACCUUGGCGUUACAAGCGCCGUGCUCUACCAGCUGAGCUACAGAGGAGCUACAGCUGAGCUAGACAUGAAACAUGUUAGACUGUAUACAGGUUAGGUCUGAUCCACAGCUCACAGAUAGACAUGAAACAUGUUAGACUGUAGACAGGUUAGGUCUGAAGUAGACCUAGACUCUAGAAAAAACGAACUCUGCUGUUAAUCUAUUUUCUGUAUAUUCUACACCGCACUAUUUCCUCACAUCUCAGUUUUUUUUAGUUGAAAUGUUUUCCUGUGUGUUUCUGUCUUGUUGUAGCUGAUGGAGAAUGCUGUGUACACCUUUGAGAUGCUCCUCCAGACCUCACUGAAAGACAACCCUACCAUACUCACCUCAGCCAUGGAGAAAGCCAAGCUCAGAGUCCUCAAGGUGAGAUAAACAGACAGAGGUUUUACCUACUGCCGUACCUCCUGUCUUCUGACUGUAGCUUCGUACCUCCUGUCUUCUGACUGUAGCUUCGUACCUCCUGUCUUCUGACUGUAGCUUCGUACCUCCUGUCUACUGACUGUAGCUUCGUACCUUCUGUCUUCUGACUGUAGCUUCGUACCUCCUGUCUUCUGACUGUAGCUUCGUACCUCCUGUCUUCUGACUGUAGCUUCGUACCUCCUGUCUUCUGACUGUAGCUUCGUACCUCCUGUCUUCUGACUGUAGCUUCGUACCUCCUGUCUUCUGACUGUAUUUUCAUACCUCCUGUCUUCUGACUGUAGCUUCGUACCUCCUGUCUUCUGACUGUAGCUUCGUACCUCCUGUCUUCUGACUGUAGCUUCGUACCUCCUGUCUUCUGACUGUAGCUUCACGAUGCAACACUGCCCUACCUACUGUAGCUUACCAUCAGUGAAUUCAUAGUUGGCUAGGGGAAACUCAGCUAGGGUUAUUCUGUCUAACACUUGUUGUGUGGUUGUCUUGUUGCGAUUAAUUGGUUGACUGGUUGAUUGGUUAGUUGAUGGGUUGAUUGGUUUAUUGAUUAGUUGAUGGAUUAAUUGAUUGAUGCAUGUUUCCUGUAGCAAUAUAACCAUGACAGGGUGUAGAGGCUAACAGUAACAUUGUUGUUGUGUGGUUGUUCCCGGCAGCAAUAUGACCACGACAGGGUGUAGAGGCUAACAGUAACAUUGUUGUUGUGUGGUUGUUCCCGGCAGCAAUAUGACCACUACAGGGUGUAGAGGCUAACAGUAACAUUGUUGUUGUGUGGUUGUUCCCGGCAGCAAUACGACCACGACAGUAGCACGGUGAGGAAGAGGAUCUUUCAGGAGGCUCUGGUUGACAUCACGCUACCUGCUAUCAGGAGGAACCUGGCUCCGUCAUACAAACCGGUAUGUGCACUGGUCUCGUUCUGUCAGUCAUUACAUCUAGAUAUAUCCUAGAGCAGGCUGAGGGUCUCAGUCCAUCCACAGCUCACCCUAUCAAAUGGUCUCAGUCCAUCCACAGCUCACCCUAUCAAAUUCAAGAAGCAUUUUUGGAGCAGGUACUGUAGUUAAUCAUAAUAAAACCCAUGUUUCUGCACUUUACAGGACCUGCUGAAGUUGGACCAGUACAUCUUUGCUGAUUACACCAACUUCAUCCAAGUGAAAAACGUUUAUGAAGAUAUUCUACUGAACAUUCUGACCAGUGAGGUCAACAAAGGUGCGUUAACUGCUUGUGUCUGUUAUUCAGGGUCCCAGAUUCUCCUGACAUUUACAUCCAUUCUACUAAUGUAUAGGAGACAACUGCUUAUCAACCCCUCCAUUCUACUAAUGUAUAGGAGACAACUGCUUAUCAACCCCCCCAUUCUACUAAUGUAUAGGAGACAACUGCUUAUUAACCCCUCCAUGCUACUAAUGUAUAGGAGACAACAGCUUAUCAACCCCUCCAUCCUACUAAUGUAUAGGAGACAACAGCUUAUUAACCCCUCCAUGCUACUAAUGUAUAGGAGACAACUGCUUAUCAACCCCUCCAUUCUACUAAUGUAUAGGAGACAACUGCUUAUCAACCCCUCCAUCCUACUAAAGUAUAGGAGACAACAGCUUAUUAACCCCUCCAUUCUACUAAUGUAUAGGAGACAACUGCUUAUCAACCCCUCCAUCCUACUAAAGUAUAGGAGACAACUGCUUAUCAACCCCUCCAUUCUACUAAUGUAUAGGAGACAACUGCUUAUCAACCCCUCCAUUCUACUAAUGUAUAGGAGACAACUGCUUAUCAACCCCUCCAUUCUACUAAUGUAUAGGAGACAACAGCUUAUUAACCCCUCCAUCCUACUAAAGUAUAGGAGACAACUGCUUAUCAACCCCUCCAUUCUACUAAUGUAUAGGAGACAACUGCUUAUCAACCCCUCCAUUCUACUAAUGUAUAGGAGACAACUGCUUAUCAACCCCUCCAUUCUACUAAUGUAUAGGAGACAACUGCUUAUCAACCCCUCCAUUCUACUAAUGUAUAGGAGACAACUGCUUAUCAACCCCUCCAUUCUACUAAUGUAUAGGAGACAACAGCUUAUUAACCCAUUGCAUAUAAAAAGGCCUUUUACAUUUCACUGUGUUCCCUUUUGGUCUCCCAUGUUCUAAAACCCUGUAACCCAUCCCUUGUCUUUUCUACUGGCAGUAAUAGAAGUGUAUAACACCAUUAUCCUCUUGUAUACCCUGUAUAACACCAUUAUCCUCUUGUAUACCCUGUAUAACACCAUUACCCCAUUGUAUACCCUGUAUAACACCAUUACCCUCUUGUAUACCCUGUAUAACACCAUUACCCUCUUGUAUACCCUGUAUAACACCAUUAUCCUCUUGUAUACCCUAUAUAACACCAUUAUCCUCUUGUAUACCUUGUAUAACACCAUUACCCUCUUGUAUACCCUGUAUAACACCAUUAUCCUCUUGUAUACCCUAUAUAACACCAUUAUCCUCUUGUAUACCCUGUAUAACACCAUUAUCCUCUUGUAUACCCUGUAUAACACCAUUAUCCUCUUGUAUACCCCGUAUAACACCAUUACCCUCUUGUAUACCCCGUAUAACACCAUUAUCCUCUUGUAUACCCUGUAUAACACCAUUAUCCUCUUGUAUACCCUGUAUAACACCAUUACCCUCUUGUAUACCCUGUAUAACACCAUUACCCUCUUGUAUACCCUGUAUAACACCAUUAUCCUCUUGUAUACCCUAUAUAACACCAUUACCCCCUUGUAUACCCUGUAUAACACCAUUAUCCUCUUGUAUACCCAAUAUAACACCAUUACCCCCUUGUAUACCCUGUAUAACACCAUUAUCCUCUUCUAUACCCUGUAUAACACCAUUACCCUCUUGUAUACCCCGUAUAACACCAUUAUCCUCUUGUAUACCCUGUAUAACUCCAUUAUCCUCUUGUAUACCCUGUAUAACACCAUUAUCCUCUUGUAUACCCUGUAUAAAGAAUUGAUUGUAUGUACUGUAUGCUUCUCCUGUAUGGACUUUAUCAAUUCAUUCUUCUCCCUUUCGGUCUCUCAUGUUCUCCAGUGCUGAAAGAAGCCGCCAGUCUGAGGAAGAACAACCUGAUGGUGGACAGUACUGACAUGCAGAGUGCCAUGGUGGACAGUACUGACAUGCAGAGUGCCAUGGUGGACAGUACUGACAUGCAGAGUGCCAUGGUGGACAGUACUGACAUGCAGAGUGCCAUGGUGGACAGUACUGACAUGCAGAGUGCCAGUCAAAGCAGCCUGACAGACGGUCACACCCCUCCCCUCUCCGCCCCCGCCAGCCCUGCCAAGAUGGCUGUCUCUGGGUUGAGCAGACAGGCCGAGCGGGCACCUUCUCCCCUGGUGGGGAACUCUCCUUCUAGCGCUGGGAGGCUGGAGGUGGAUAUGGCUGCCCUCACUCCUACUGUCAUUAUCAUAACUCCACAAAGUGAGGCUCCAGCCCCAGCCUCAGUCCCAGCCCCAGCCCCAGCCUCAGCCCCAGCCUCAGCCCCAGCCCCAGCCCCAACCCCAGCCCCAGCCUCAGCCCCAGCCCCAGUCUCAGCCCCAACCCCAGCCUCAGCCCCAGCCCCAGUCUCAGCCCCACUCCCAGCCUCAGCCCCAGGCUCAGCCUCAGUCCCACUCCCAGCCUCAGUCCCACUCCCAGCCCCAGCCUCAGCCCCAGCCUCAGCCCCAGCCCCAGCCCCAACCCCAGCCCCAGCCUCAGCCCCAGCCCCAGUCUCAGCCCCAACCCCAGCCUCAGCCCCAGCCCCAGUCUCAGCCCCACUCCCAGCCUCAGCCCCAGGCUCAGCCUCAGUCCCACUCCCAGCCUCAGUCCCACUCCCAGCCCCAGACUCAGCCCCAACCCCAGCCCCAGUCCCAGUCCCACUCCCAGCCCCAGUCUCAGUCUCAGCCCCAACCCCAGCCCCAGCCCCAGCCCCAGCCCCAGUCCCAGUCCCACUCCCAGCCCCAGUCUCAGUCUCAGCCCCAACCCCAGCCCCAGCCCCAGCCCCAGCCCCAGUCCCACUCCCAGCCCCAGCCCAUAUACUUACCUAUACUGCCGAUACCCCUUCACCUCUACCUGAUACCCCUUCACCUCUACCUGAUACCCCUUCAUCUCUACCUGAUACCCCUUCACCUCUACCUGAUACCCCUUCACCUCUACCUGAUACCCCUUCACCUCUACCUGAUACCCCUUCACCUCUACCUGAUACCCCUUCACCUCUACCUGAUACCCCUUCACUUCUACCUGAUACCCCUUCACCUCUACCUGAAAUGUCCUCUGCUGAAAGUGAUUCCCCCUCUGGUGCUGCCUCAACCAAACCUGAUGCUUCCUUAG